AUGGAUUCUAACAACUUGCCUGAAAAGCCUCUGAUCUGGUCAAAGAAGAACUCAAGCAAAAAUGGUUGGCGUUGGUUUUUGGCGGGAACGCUCCUUAACCUUACUGUAACAUCACUGAUUGUUGGGUCGAUGCUGUUCUAUGUACACGAAGAACUGAAGUAUGUUAAGGACCAGUUACUUUCACAUGAAGACCGCUUGUUUAUCUUGGAAAAUCACGUCAUCACAAACGACGCCACUGUGCAACAAGGUACUCCCAAAGUGAAUGGUCAGACUUCGAAUAAAGCCCAACUGCGAAUACGGAGAGAUCAUGAACCACAGAUGUCAACUGAGCACCAUGCUGAGGGGAAUAUGACGUUUCAAUCGGGUAUUCAUACUCACCAAACUGACCCACUUCAUGGUCUUUACUCUCCAGUAUUAACUUGCCGAGACGGAAAAGAUGGGAAGGAUGGCAGAGACGGUCGUGACGGAAAGAACGGAGAAGUUGGACGGGAUGGAAGAGACUGCCAUCAGGGACAACCCACUAGUCCAUUACAACCCAUUGGACCGGGACCACCCGGCGAGCCAGGACCACCCGGUGAGACAGGACUUCCUGGUGAGCGAGGCCAACCCGGUAAGCAAGGACCAAGUGGUGAGGCAGGACAACCUGGUGAACGAGGGCCUCGCGGUGAGCCGGGACCUUCUGGUGAGACAGGACCAACUGGUGAGACAGGACAAAGUGGUGAGGCGGGACAACAUGGUGAAAGAGGACCAAGCGGUGAACCAGGUCCAAAAGGAGAACAGGGGCGUAGUUCUUCAGGACCGACAUACAUUCGGUGGGGAAGAACCACUUGCCCAAACCAGGCAGGCACAGAGCUCGUAUAUCAAGGUUAUGGUGCUGGUGCAUAUUAUACACAUAAGGGAGGGACUUCGGAUCUCUUAUGUCUCCCAACUGAUCCAGAUGUACCUGCGUCAUACAGAGAUGGAUUCCAAGGUAACUCACGCCUUUAUGGAAUGGAAUACGAAGUCAACACAUUUGACCCAUUUUCUCACGAGAAUUCCGAAGUUAUUCACGACCAUGACGUGCCGUGCGCGGUGUGUCGUCUCACCAAUCGAGGCACUCAGGUGUUAUUUCCCGCCAAUAACGAAUGUCCUGACAACUGGACAAAGGAAUAUAAGGGUUACCUCAUGUCAGCUCACUAUACCUUUGGGAGGCAGCAAGCUGUCUGUGUGGAUGAGGCACCGGAGGCUAUCCCAGGCAGUCAGGCCAAUGUUAACGGGGCGCUCCUUUACUUGAUGGAAGCUGGAUGCGGGUCUCUCCAGUGCACUCCGUAUGUUGAUGGUCGUGAAAUACAGUGCACGAUCUGUAGCAUUUGAAUAAGGGAAUCAAUGUGUG